CGUCGAACUACUCGUCGGAUGGCCCACGCAUUCUGUCUGGGGGAGUACGCAGGACAUCCACAUGAAGCCCCGAACGCGAAUAUAAACCCACCAAUACUGGUUUCGCGAAUUAAAGCAACGCUCGUGCCUCCAUUACCUGAAGGCAUAACCCGUCAUCCAUGUCUUCACCAAGGUUCAGAGUAGCUGUCUGUGGUGGUGGAGUUGGCGGACUCACGCUUGCAGUUGCUCUCUCGCGAUACCCUGACCUUCAAGUCGAUAUCUAUGAGAGAGCUCGUAGCUUCUCUGAGGUGGGCGCGGGUAUCGUCUUCAUGCUCAGACCUUUCAAGGUGAUAAGAAAGUUGGGAAAGAAGCUCGAAGAGGCCCUGCUCGGAAAGUUGCCUGUGCCGUUUUCUGAGGAAAGUUCAACUGGCUUCAGAUUCAGGAAGAGCGAUCAACCGGAGGGGGAGACCUUGUUCGAUAUGGUUAUCCGGGGUAGCCUCAUUAAUCUUCACCGGGCCGACUUUCAAGGCGUUCUUCUAGACAACCUGGGUCCAAAUGUGAAGACGCACACCUCGAAACGCCUCCAUUCCUACUCCCAGUCUGACGAUGGAACACUUGCCAACACCCUAGCCUUUGAGGACGGGACAACCGCGACAUGUGACAUCCUCGUCGGUGCGGACGGCGUGAGGUCUGCGGUAAGAGCCAAGAUGAUGCAAGACCUCGCUCGCGAUCCUACCUCCAACUCGAGCGGGGAAAUGCGCGCUUUGCAGGAAUAUCUCGCGUGCAUCGAGCCGGUGUUCAGUGGUGUCAUUGCUCACCGAGCGCUUAUCCCUGCUGAGAAGCUACGAGCCGUUGCGCCGAGUCAUCGGGCAUUCGGCGGUGUUUAUACAUGGGUGGCCAAAGGGCGAGUGAUAACGACAUACCCCGUGUCAAUGGGAAAAUUUGUCAACCUCGCCGCCAACUCCCUGGACGAAAGCUUGAUGCGCUCUGCGCACAGUAUCGAUGCAAAUCAUCACCAGAGGUAUGACGGUGACUGGGUCAAAUCCAUCACUAAGGACGAUUUUUUGGAUAAGUUCGAAGGGAUGGAAAAAGAGGUGCAGACUAUGCUCGACCUCAUUGAGAGUGGUAACGCAUGGGUGAUCAACGUCACCAAGAACUUGCCAACUCAUGUACAUGGACGGGUCGCGCUCCUGGGAGACGCAGCGCACGCCAUGACGCCCUUCUUGGGCUCUGGUGCGGGCCAGGCUGUCGAGGACGCAUACAUGCUCUCAGAACUCCUAGGAGAUUAUCGCGUAACGCUCGCUACUCUAUCUCACGCAUUGACAGUGUACGAUGAGAUCCGUCGCCCGUUCUCAACAAACGUCGCGCGACUGUCUAUGGAGAACGGGUUCACUGCUGGUCUACAAUCAGGGACACCGAUAUCUGACAUGGAGGAGAGGGUGAAUGGUGCAUGGUCCUGGGCUUGGGAGACAGAGAUCGACGAUUCGAUGGAUGAGGCAAGGAAAUUGCUUGGAAAACGGCUUGGAGCUUAGGAGCUUAGAAGGAGUCAUUACUAGGGCCGCUCACUCUCAAAGUGACGACUCUUUAUACACGUGUUAUGGAUUUAACGGAACUGCACUAUCUGAUACUUAACAUGGG